GGAAAAAAAAAGACAGGUUUUAAAGAGGUUUUCAUUAUGAUUAAUGGUAUUUAAGAGAGAGAGAGAGGGCAAGCGUGCGUGCGGGAAGGAAAGUAAGGGAGGAGAAAAAGAAAGAAAGAAAGAAUCAUCAAUCAUGGAGAUGAUGAGUUCAUUAAUGUGGAUUCUGGUGUUGGUGACAACACUUGUGUUUUGCAUCAUAUUUCUCAAUGGCAAAAGCAAAAGCAAGUUGAGCAGUACUCUAAGAUGGAUACCUUCAUCGAAAACCUUAUGCCAGCUUCCUCUAGGAACCCUCGGGUGGCCUUUUGUCGGGGAAACCAUCGACUUCAUUUCUUGUGCUUACUCAGACCGCCCCGAGAGCUUCAUGGACCGUCGUCGCCGCAUGUAUGGCAACGUGUUCAAAUCACACAUAUUCGGGACCCCAACUAUAGUUUCAACAGAUUCAGAAGUCAAUCGGUUCGUUCUACAAAGUGAUGCCAAGGCUUUAGUGCCGUUUUAUCCGAAAUCAUUAACCGAGUUGAUGGGGAAAUCCUCCAUUCUUCUGAUCAAUGGGAGCUUACAAAGGAAAAUCCAUGGUCUUAUAGGAUCAUUCUUCAAGUCUCCACAUCUCAAAGAUCAGAUCACUCGAGACAUGCAAACUUAUGUCCAACAAGCAAUGGAUAAAUGGGGAGAUGAUCAGCCUAUUUUCAUACAAGAUGAAACCAAAACUAUUGCUUUUCAAGUACUAGUGAAGGCAUUGAUUAGCUUGAACCCAGGUGAAGAAAUGGAAGUUCUCAAAAAACAGUUCCAAGAAUUUAUCUCAGGCCUUAUGUCUUUACCUGUAAAAGUACCUGGAACUCGACUUUAUCGAUCUUUGCAGGCAAAGAAGAGAAUGGUUAAGAUUGUACACAGAAUCAUCCAAUCUAGAAAGAAUUCAAGCACGAGUUCAAUGGUUCCACGAGAUGUUGUUGAUGUUUUGCUCAAGGACGUUAGUGAACAAUUAACAGAUGAUCUAAUAGCCGGUAACAUGAUCGAUAUGAUGAUUCCCGGUGAAGAUUCAGUUCCUGUUUUAAUGACACUUGCAAUCAAAUACCUUUCGGAUUGUCCGGCUGCGUUACAUCAAUUGACGGAGGAGAACUUGAAGUUGAAAAGGCUCAAAGCUCAAAACGGGGAGCCAUUGAUUUGGAGUGACUACUUAUCAUUAUUUUUCACACAAAGUGUUAUAACAGAGACUCUGAGGAUGGGGAACGUGAUAAUAGGAGUGAUGAGAAAGGCCAUGAAAGACAUUGAGAUUAAAGGGCAUCUUAUACCUAAAGGAUGGUGCUUUUUUGCUUAUUUUAGAUCGAUUCAUCUCAGUGAAAAUCACUAUGAUUGUCCUUACCAGUUUAAUCCAUGGAGAUGGCAAGAGAAGCACACGAUCAGCAGCUACAACUUCACUCCAUUUGGUGGUGGACAAAGGUUGUGCCCUGGACUUGACUUGGCCAGGCUUGAAGCUUCCAUUUUCCUACACCAUUUUGUCACUAAUUUCAGAUGGGUGGCGGAAGAAGACACAAUAGUCAACUUUCCAACAGUAAGAAUGAAGAAGAGGAUGCCGGUUUGGGUGGAAAGGAGGGAGUAGACCAGUACGCAUUUAAACCGAACAUAAAUAAUGAAGGCUACAGUGCACACGUGUGGGGGGAG